UUUCAGUGCACUGGAGCUGCUCCUCUCUGUCCCUGCCUCACACACUGCUUAGGGAUGUCUGCAGAAGAGCCCAGACCAUCUGUUGCCUCUCGCCGCACCAAGCCCCCAGCCCUUGGCCCCCAGCUGUGGGAUGAAGGUGAGGAAGAGGAUGAGAAGGAGGUGCAUGGAAACCAGGAGCCCAAGACUCCGUCGAGGAGCUCCAGCGACGAGUCAGAGGAGUCAGAAGCCGAGCUGCCGCCGGCGUAUGCCACCCGCAGGAAGGUGUCAUUUGCCGACGCUUUUGGCCUCGACCUGGUCUCCGUCAAAGAGUUUGACACCGGCGCCGACUCAGGCAGCCCACCAGGCCUGCUGCAGGUGGGAUCACCGGAUGGAAAGCGUUACCGCCUGUUCCGCCUUUUCGCUGUUCCAUCAUCCAAUGAGGAGCUGGUUGCCCGCCUGCGGCAGAACAAGCUGGAGGUGGAGAGCGUGGAAUUCCUGCCCAACACCACCACCAUCCGCGGUGUUGUGCGCGUGCUCAACCUCUCCUACCACAAAUCCGUGUACGUGCGCAUCACCCUGGACGGAUGGGGCAGCCACUUUGACUUGCUGGCUGAAUACGUGCCCGGAUCCAGUGAUGGGGAGACGGACCGCUUCUCCUUCAGGUUCACGCUGAUGCCUCCCUUCCGGGCCGAGGGGGCAUGGGUGGAGUUCUGCCUCCGCUAUGAGUCCUCAACCGGGACCUUUUGGGCCAACAAUGGAGGUGCAAACUAUGUGCUGUUGUGUCAAUGCAGAGAAGAGAGGGAUUUGAGAGAGAAAGGAGAGAGAGAAAAGGAGACAGAAGAAAACAAUCACAAGUGGAAGAAGAGCUGCUUAAAGGCUGUUGGGAAGUGGAACUGUGUUGAGCUGAAGUCCACAGACGUGAGCAACGAGCCCUCAGAACCAGAGUCACUCAGGCCUAUAGACAGAGAGGGACGGAAAACGCAGCAUGAACCCGAGAGCUGCCCAAGUGAGGCCCCAGAGGAAACCCGCAAAGCUUUGGCGGAAAGACGGAGCAGGCGGAAGGCAUCACGGUUGGCACAGAUGCAGGAACACUUCUCACAAAAUGAUAGAGCAGGCCAACUGGACCAGGCUAGCCCCAGCAAGGCCACAGAAGCAGGGUUAAAUGUGACACUGCCUGCACCCCAGCUCAGUGCUCCAGUGAAGCCACAAGCCUCUAAUGAGAUCCAAGUGUCCAGCAACAAGGAGCAGAACGGGGACCCGGCACCCAUCCGGUCCUACCUCCAGAGCAAACAUACAACACCUCCAGACCACGCAGAUGUUUCUGAGAUCGGAGUCAGAGAAAGCCCCAACGUCUGUGAGGAGCAGCUAUUGGAAGACGGCUCAACUGUGUCAUGUGCUGAUGCCUGGGAGGCUUUCCUCAAUGGGAUGGAUCGUUCAGAUGACCGCACUUCUGCACUGGGACAAGAGGGUUCGCUUUGCACCGGCCCGUUUCCAUCGCACACAGAACACGACCCGUCCGCUCCAGGGGAUGAGGCGCCGUCUAGCUGCAGAGCAACCAGAGAUGCCCAGGAGAGCAUGCUGACAGGCAGCCAGAGCGGUCUGUUUGGAGCAGUGGAAAGUCAAGAGUCUGAUCGCACAGCCGAGUGGUCAGACAGCUCCAAAUAUGUGAGAGAUGGGGUGUUGGAUUACGAGUGCACCGCAAAACCAGCACUCGCCUCCAAAAGGAGCAUUGGCCAGGAAUCGGAAACAGCGCAGGAGCAGUGGGGCUUGGUGAGUAACAGUCACCCAUCCUGGGAGACGACUUUCGGUGAAGAUGUGUCCCUGCUCGCAACCAAACCCAGAGAGACAGCCCGAACUGAAGGUGGCACAGGGCUUGAGAAUUUUAAAGCAGAAGGCGGAGUCUCACCAGAGGUGGCCAGAGAGGAAAAGGUGAAAAGAGAUGUGCACAGAGGGGCCGACGAUGGCCUGGCAUUUGUAGGGGUCAGGGACAUGCUAUUCCCAGGCAGAUAUGCUGAGGGAGGGGCCACUUUCCAAAGACAGCACACAAGUGAAGAGCGAGAACCCAAGCAGGAAAAAGAGCAUAUCAGGGAAGAAAAUAAUAACACGGCACCAUUAAAAGAGAAAACUCGGAGCAAGCAUUCAGAAGUCCCCUCAGAAGCACUAGAAAGAAGAAAGCAUGCAGAGAAUAAAGAACCCACAGACCCGCGAGUACAAACCACAGAGGCAUUGGUGGUCUCGGUGAGUGAGAGAGGUGUGUUUGAAAAAGAGGAAUUCGACACCCGGACUGAAUGUCUUGACCUGGAAGCUUUCAAGCCCCAGGGAGAAGAGGAGGCAGUGUAUGUUGACCCCAUAAAAGACAGCCUGACUGACACAAGCGAGAGGCCUGAAUCGCCGUCUGUAGAGAUAGAGGCAGCUGAUUGGAAUUGUGAAAGUUCAAAUACAAUGGCAGAGAGUCAGGCUUACUGCGCGGCAGCUGAGCGUACCCAUGGGAGGGAGAGGGAGGGGAAUGUCUGCACAGAUUCUCUCUUGGGGGAGGAGCCUUGCAGCAGCACCACCACAGCCACCCAUGAACCCCCUCUGGCCCUGACGAGUCGCGCCACCUGUGGCCUCUCUGGGCCUUUCGGCAGGAUGGAAUCCGCCAGUGAGAGUGACCCAUUGCUCCUCCCUGCCUCUAACCAGUGCUUUGAGUGCUCUGGUGAGACUAUGAGGCACAGGGAAACUCAGGACCAGCUGGAGUCAGAAGGUGAGAGGGAGCGAGCUGCCCUGUCUCCCAGGACAGCUGCAUCCUCGGUGGGCAAGAUCCUCCUGGUAUUCUGCUCCUUGGGCUUUGUAUCCAGGGCUCUAGUGUAUGCCGCUUUGGUUGUGAUCCUCAUAACUGCUUAUCUGCACAACCUGCCAGUCUGCCUGGCCAUCUAUCUGUUGUCUGUGUGCUGGUGGUGUGGGCAGGGCAUGAAAAAGCAGGUAGUAGCAGCAGACAGUGUGGACUGACAAUUAAAAGUCAAAAGUGUGAAUCACUCAGUCAAGUAAAGCAUUUUAAGGGCCCAACAUUGAUUAACUGUAUCAGAUUUAUAAAAUGUCAUUUUUUUUUCCUUUUUAGUGUGUUUUAUUCAUUAGUAGGAUUAGUUGGAGCUACAGAAACAUAGCCUGCUAUACUCGCAGGCUUAUAACAUUUGAAAAUGACACAGCCUAUAUUUGAUGAAACCAAGGUAAUAUGCCUUUGGAAUACAUCUUUGUUUGUGUUGGCAUAUUUUACCCCUAAAAAACAUACAAUCUACACAGUAAUACACUGUUUAUAAAAUACAUAGGAUGGUAAAUUUAACAUUUACUGUGAAAAGGACACCAUUGCUGUGCCUUCUAGCAUAUACAUUGAGAAACCUGGAUAGUUCAGUUGUGUUUGUUUCUUAAGUAAAAUACUCCCAUAAACAUCUUUACAUUUAAUACAUCUAAUGAUGUCUAAUUCACAUAAAUACUUCUUGCUUGUCAUGAGCAGACUCUUAAGGUUUUUAUUACACUAAGGAUGGUCCGCAUUCGUUACACGGGAUCUUCACAUCGUGGUAAUGACCUCAGGUGGUGGUACAGAAUAACAAUGUCUCCCUGGGUUGUGUAACACCACAUAAUUAGUCUGCCCAUACAGCAGCUGUGUUACUUAAAGUCAAAAACAAUCAUAUAGCCCCUGAUUCUGAAAAAUACAGGAAACAGGUACCAGUCAUUUGUGGAAACAUUUUAACUCGUGUCCAAAGCAAUCUGACUUGUGUCCAAUGCAAAUGACUCAGAUUUUCACCAGUGUCUUCUCCAGAAAGACAAGGAUACACAGUGUUGAAGCACCAAAGCUAUUUCAGUGCUAACAAUUCGCCCUUGUGGCGAAUUAUGUUAAACAUGAGUGAGUGAGUAUGUCAGUGAAUUACAAUCCAGGUCUGAAGGUCAAAGAGAGGGUCAGAGCCCAAGGUAAAAUGAAUAAGAUGACAGCUCCUUUUACUGAAUAUGUAAGGUAUGGCCCAUGUGGUAAUAGCUGACUGCAUUUGUCAUCUAUUUACAGUGAACUAUGAAGCUUCAGCAUGUCUGUGUUGCUGUCGUGCUUUGCUUCCCAAAUAAAUCUGCUAUGUAGCCAGUUAUCCAAAACUGCUAGCUGGUGUCUGUGCAACAAAUGCAACAUAAAACUUACAUGCAUUCAUAUAAAGUGAAAAGAAAACUCAUAUUGCAAAGC